GUAGUAAAUGGGAACUCAGAUCUAACUAUCAGACAGGUAUGGUACAGCAUCUAAUCGAAAUAUUAAUUUGUCUAAAGAUAAAAAGGGUUUAUUAUUUUCUGCUUUUCAGUUUUUUCGGCAGUUUAAUUUUUGUUAUUUUUAUUUACCCUGUUACCAUCCCUAUUAAAUGUUGUGUUUUAUGAUGUGUUAUGAUUUUAUUUUGUAAAAAAACCGUUUAAAAUUGUUUUAAUAAUUGACUAUUAAUUAUGCAUUAAAAAUCAAUUUUAUUUUUUUCCCUUGCAGUGUGCGUUGAUUCCAAGACGCGCCAUAAGGAAUAUUAGAUCAAUAUGAUGCCGUCUUUGCUUCCGAUUUCGUUGCUAGGGAUCUUUCUCAGCUGUGUACAAGGGAAAUGGAUCGAAGGCAGAAUUAACACGAAAGAGGAUUGGGCGUUUCUAGCUAGAUUUUGCUUCUUGUCCAUAGACGGGCAGUUCGAAUACCUGAUAGAGUAUGACAAGAACAUGGGCACCCCGAACCUGCUUUUGUAUUACGAUGAUGAAAAACAGUGGCCCGCUGUUUACCAUAGCCGGAUGAGUUGCAAAGAGCGUGAAGCAGUCCUGAAUAAAGCUGGACAAAACCAAAUAAUCAAACUGUCCCACUGGUAUCCGGACACGGAAUACUCGGGCUGCGUACUCACGCAAGCGAAUAAAGAGUUGCCAGCUUCAAAAAGCACAUCUACAACAUUAAAACCUACAACUAUACAUUCAGUUGUACCCGUAAAAAAUACUACUAACAACACUAAAAUACAACCACCCGUUGACCCCAAUUACUACAAUAAAUUCUUAAAAACUACCACACCAAAGCCGAAAUCUACCACUGCUAAUGUAAAUUCUACCACUUGGUACGAAUUGUUGCCAACUGGCGACUUGAAUUUUACUACUAUUAUACCCGAUGAUGAAGUUGACUUGUGGGAGAGUAUUGGCCCGGAGCGAAACGAUACACAGUUUGGAAAUUUAAAUUUAAAAGAUGUUGAAAUCCUAUUUGAAAAUCAUGUCAAUGGAACUAACAAAAUAAAACGCUCGACUUCAGAACUUUACGAACGCUUUCGUCGACGUCGCCUCAACUCCGCUUCCGCCAGUCAUGCCAGUAAAAGCGAUAACACAGAAAGGAUGUUGGUGAUCUGCCACAACUCUAGACGGUUCAGAUCCGCGAGGGAAAGAUGGUGGUUCAUAGCCAUCAGUAACUGCGACUCUACUAAGGGAUUGGACGUCAAAUACAAAUUCUUGAUGACAAACGGACCGGAGGGUGACUUCUGGCAUGAACAUUUCUCGGCAGACGAAUUCUAUGUUCUUCCAGUUCUACUCGCCUACACAUUUGCCUACGUAAUAGUAAUGGUGGCGGCCGUGAUGUGUAGCGUAGAGUUACGUUCGCGUCAUCUCUUACAUGCUACUUACAAGUUAUUCCUUAUAUCUGGGUUGGCACAACAAGCGGGAGCGAUGUUACAAGCCCUCGCUUACAUAAAAUACGCUUCUAGUGGAGUCAGACCUCAAGGGUUAAAUACUACUGGACAAUUCCUCUGCAGUGUAGCGGAGACAACAUUCCUCCUGCUUCUGAUAUUAAUGGCUAAAGGAUACACUAUAACUAGAGGGCGCCUCAAAGUCGGCUUCACCGUCAAACUGACCAUAUUCAUGUGCUGUUACAUAGUCACAUACAUGAUACUCUUCAUAUAUCAAGCUAAGGAGUUUGAUCCGGGCGAAGUAUUGUAUUUGUACGAGAGCCCAGCGGGUUACGGCUUGAUUGUUCUACGCGUUCUGGCGUGGUGUGUGUUCGCUUACUCUACCUUCUUCACCGUCAAGAAGUACCCGGAAAAGAAUGCCUUCUACUGCCCAUUCUCCAUCUGCGGUACACUAUGGUUCUACGCGGGACCACUUUUUAUACUCACAGCCAAUUCAUAUAUAGACAAAUGGGUGAGAGAAAGCGUCGUUAUUGCAGUAUUGAUGUUUAUAACGUUCAGUGGACACAUUAUGUUUUUACUAUUAACAUUGCCGGUUUUUGCAAACAAGAAUUUUCCAUACCAUGUAAGGACGACGCAAGUGGGGGUUAUGGAGGUGACCGGAAGCUCCGCACUGGAUGGUUUUGGACCAAACCCUUACCACCCGAGUAACGGUGCAGCACAGACUGUUAUCAUCCCUCUCACAAGAAGAACAGAAGAGUUAAUAGGCAACAUGUACAGUCAAUACAUGGCCUCGGCACCCCCGCUUUCAUUAGAGAACGGAACCCCAAAACUCAACGGUGUGCCAAAGAGCAUAGACUCAAUAUCACCCCAGAACGGAAUAUACAAACAGGACAGCACAGAAACAAAUGUUUCGGACGACAUAAAACCAAUACUCAACGACAAAGACGCAGGAAUUUUCACUGUGGAAAGUCAAAUGUCGAAAAUAGAGACUGUAUUGCCAGUUCCGGUCGAAAAAACGGUGUUGCCGCACGAAAAUAAUUCCCCCAAAAAUGGGGAGCUUUCGAGGGGAGAUUUGCCUAACGUCUUGAGGUCUAGGAGGACUAUUUUGGAGCCGAUAAAAGACCCGCCGGUACCGAAUUGGUCUUUGGCUAAAGGACCGUGCGUUGUUGCUAUGCAGAAGAAAAUUGUCAGCGUAGAUGAAGAUACAGAACCAAAAAUGUGCCUGCCCAACGGCAAAAAAGUGCCCCCCGUAAGGAACGGGUUACAACCGCGCGCCGGCGAGAUUUCAACCAUUCACGAAGGGCGGAUUCAGACAUAUUCGCGUACUGCUGAUUUGUUCAACGCUAGCAGUGGCAAUGGUUGAAACGACACAAAUAAUAUUUUAUUUGAUCACUUUUCUGUUAAUUUAUGACUGAAAAACCGCACUCGACUUCAAUUUAUUAAGUAAGUUUGAAGUUCUCUGCCUCCUAAGAAAAAUAAAGCACCCUCAUGGGAUCCCAAAGUUUAUAAUGACCGUUUAAGAUCAUUUUAUGUCUCAUAUUGAUUAUAUUGAUGAAAUAUUAAAUUAAGUUACAAUGUAUAGAAAAUGUGUAAGCAAAAAAGUGGAACUCAGUAUUAUAAGUUGCGGCUACUUAUUCUGUGCGUCUAAAAUAGCGAGAUUACAUGUUACAAAAUAUAAUGUAAAGAAUACGAUCCACAGUUAUGUUGUUUUUGUAAAAUAUUUCAACAAAAGUCGAUGGCUGUAAAGGUCGGCUCCCUUUGCCUCUCCACUUUUAUAAAACUGGAUAAAUCACACAAAAAAAAACAAGUUUUUGUAAAUAUCAAUUUGUCAAUGUGUGAGUGUGUAUGUGUGUUUCUUUCUAGUCAAGUAGCCAACUUUUUGGAAUAAAACAAUUUCUCAAUAUCAACACUUCGUUUUUAU